CCGACAGGAGAGAGGCGGUUUGUAUAAUACUUUCAAGAAUACCAGAUGCAGGUGCGGGAAAAUGAUGGACAAGUACAUAUACAUGAAAAUAGAAGAGGAGGGUUCAAGUCCUGAAGUAGAUGGAGAAGUGUUUGUUUGUGGAAUGACCAAGUUCUUAGUAACGGAUGAUUUGCAGGUAGAGCCCAUGUCUCCAUCUACUAUCUUGACACGGUUGCUCAAAUUAGGGUUCAAAGACAUGAGUUCCCUCCAAGAGACAACACUGACUAUUGGCUCAGAGGAGAUUUUGAAUCUGCUCAAAGGAUCGUUAUUUUUCAAGACAACACUGACAGAUGUAUUUCUUAGAAAGCAAGGAUUUAUAUCUAAAGGAUUAAAAUCUGAGAUGGGAGAUGAAGUGCAGUCUAAGAGUGGAAGUUUUUUAUUAAAAUCUCCAUUAAUUAAGAUGACUAUGAAAUUAACGAUGAGUAAGUCAAUGAACAAAGCAUUAUAUGCUGAAGCUGGGGUAGACAUGGUUAACUAUCUCCUCAGCUUCCUUACCUUACCUCUUGGAUCCAUUAUACAACUCUUGGAUGGGAAUUCAUCACUGGGAUCCAUGGACAACUUGUAGAAGAGCGUGAAACAUUCAAAAGCUAUGAGGGAUUAUGAGCUAAGGGAUAUGCUGCUGAACCCUGGGCUCAGCCGUGGUUUUGGUUGCAGGAGCAACCCACUAGGAGUAAAAGAAUCUGAACAGUCUGCUCCAUCCUUGUGGUGUAGAAGUUAUGAAAAUGGAAAGAAUAAAGAUGACCCUUA